ACACACAGCAGAACAUACACCAAUUCAACAGUUUCUACAUGUACAAUUCAGUUACAAAAUAUCUGUUUUUUAAAGCCACCCACUUGUGGUAUUUGUGUUACAGCAGCACUAGGAAACUAAGAUGGGAUUACCUGCUUUUUGGGAUACUUGAGCAAGCAUUUGAGUGUAGCUCUAAGGAUAGCUUUUGCACAUACAGCUUCUCAAAGCAGAUUCUCAAGUCCUCUAUGAAAUUCACAAAAGUAUCAAAUCAGAGAUUAAGUGAUUUUUAAUUCCAGGUUUAUAGUCUGAUAUAAAAGAAGACAGGUAUCUCACUAAGUUAUUAUAGUGCUCUUCCUGCUGACCAAGAAGCAAAAAGAAAAAACAAAGGAAAAAAAACUUCUCAGGCUCCAGAUGGUUAAAGAACCAAGGAGUGAAAUAGAAAAUCCCCUGGUUGAGAAGGAGUACAAGGACUUUGGCAUAUCUCAGAGCAUGCAACCUAAAACAACAUUACUGACCGGCCCCUCCUGUAUCAGACUGCUGAGCCAGCAGAUGCUUUUGCUGCUCACUAGUUCAGAUCAGCAGUAAAACCAGAGAAGAAACAGAGGCUGAUCAGAAAACUGUAAGCAAACAGGCUGUCUUAGUAACCUAGUGUUGUUGUAACAGAAAUACCAUAAGUGGUAGCUUUAAAGAACAGAAAUGUAUUUUCUCACAGUUCAGGAAGCUAGAAGUCCGAAUUCAGGGUAUAGGUCUAGUGGAAGAUCCCUCCCUGUCUGUUUCAGCUUCUGGUAGCUGCCAGCUAUCUUUGGAGUUCCUGGGCUUGUAGAUGCACCUGUCUCUGCUAUCCAUCAUCCUCUUCCUCCUGAAUUUCAGUGUCUAUGCUGCUCUUUACAUAACUCAAAGUGAUUAAGUUUAGGAUCCACCCUACACUGGAAUGUCCUCAACUGAAUGACUGAUUACAUUACAUUAGAUUGCAUUAUGCAAAGUGAUUGCAUUACAUUAGGUUAGAUUACAUUCACAGGUAUAGGGUUCCAGCAUAAAUUUUCAGGAGGACACAAUUCAAUCCAUUACAGAGCCCUUCCCAGUUAAGGCUCGCUGCCAUCUCAGCUGGAGUUAGUCCUGUCACCAUCUCAGAAGAAAACAGCAGUAUACGGCCCAGUGAUCUCUUGCCUUUUUGUCUGCCUGAAGCAUAAAAUGGUAUUUUCUUAUUACAGUAUCAGUGGUAAGUCCAAGGUUGGUCUUCCUGUCUGCAAAGACCUGCACCAACCUUGCCUCAAUGCAAGUUAUUCCUUAGAAAAAAGGAGUGUUGGCCAGACAGAUAUGAUAAGGUCUGUCUUCACUGAGGAAGUCCAGGUCCAGGUCCAAGAUCAUGACCAGAAUUGCUAGUUCGAAAGGCAAUGAACCCUAUAUCCAAACUGAGUUAGAUAUGUGAAGAUCACUUUGCUGUAGGUGUAAAUAUAUGCCCUGUUAAGCAUAUAUAUCAGAGUACUUAGAGUGGAUUUUAAAUAUAUAUAUAUAUUUGAAGUUCAUAUAUGAAAUAUAUACACAGAGAGAGAGAGAGAAGAAAAACUAUUUGAGGAUAAAAACAGACUUGGAAUUUGAGCCUUAGAGAAAUAUUGAGGAUUUUGGAAAUUUCCCAUUGUCACUCAGGGAAUUUAAGGCAGUGUUUCAACCUGACGUACAGUCUCAAUCACCUUAUCCCUUACCUGUGCACCCCCAAAAACCCAACAAAAUCUGUCUGAUAAAGUACUGUUCCUUUUAAUCUACAAUGUGUAACAAAAUGAACUCAGAAGUGAGGUACUCAAUAGAUUUUAACUCCACCCAGUCAUGAUGUGAACAUGGCUUGUUUUACAGUAAGUUGGCCUCAUUGUGACUCCUCCACCCUAGCUCUUUUGGGCUGCUAACCCAAAUAACACUUUUAGCUCUCAGGGCUGGGUGUUUUCUUUCUUUUUUUUAAUUUUCGUUUUGACCUGUGGAAAAUGCCACACAUAAAUAGUGCCCUGUCUUCUCACACUUAUUGUGUAGACACUUUCCCCAGGUGGUGUAAACAGUUAAUGUGUUUGGCUGGUAAGUGACAAGUUGGAGGUUUGACCACCCAGAGGCCCCCUUGGAAGAUCUCCUUUCAUUGAAAACCCUAUGGAGCAGAGUUCUACUCUGAGACAUGAGUGGCCAUGAGUCUGAACCAACUUGGCAGCAACUGUUUUGUUGUUUUUUUGUAUAUGUCUGUCUGAUUCUUGUACUAUUUAUUCCAAAAAUAAGGAAGAUAAACAUGUAAGCAUAAUAAAAAUUUAUGUUCAUAAUAGCCCUUAACUCAAAUGUCUUACUGUUUUCCUUCCAGGUGCAAGUCUUUUAAAUUGUGGUUCGUUCAGUAGUGUAUUUACUUAUCCCAUUUUGAUGUUGACUCCUCUUAACAAUUCAAUAUCAACAUGCUCUAGGGGAAAGGAAUGAAAGGACGGGGGGAGAUGUUUACCAGAUGAACGUAGGGAGAGUUUCAGGAGAGGUCACCAGGAUGUACUGCUGUUUUGAGUAAUUUUCAUCUUAGAUGAAUGAUUCACUCUGGCAUAUCCUCAGCCUAUUGUGUAUCGGUGGUGUGUACAGGCUGAGAAACUGAAAUCUUUGGGUUCAAUGGGUUUUUCUGAUUCAUUGAUGUCACAUUUCCUUUCAAGACUUUAUUCUUCAUCAUCUUAGUACUUUUCCAAACCUAAUGAUUCAAGAUAAAGCAUCAAUGGCAGGAUUCUUAUUCCCAGUGUCAUCUUUGGUUCCUCUAAGUUUAAUCUUAACACUGGUUGGCAGUUUUGAUGUCCGCAAACAAACCUGUUUUUUCCACUCUAAAUGGAUUGCUUUUAUGAAAAAUUUGAAAUCAGUAAACAGUAGCACUUACUUUUAAAUGUCGCUGUUAGUAAUUACUCAUCUCAAAAAACCAAAGCAAAUCAGUUGUUGUUGAGUCGACUUCAACUCAUGAUGACCACAUGUGUUUCAGAGUAGGGCUGUGCUCCAUAGGGUUUUCAAUGGCUGUGAUCUUUCAAAAGUAGAUCCCCAGGGCUUUCUUCCCUCUCAAGGAUGCCUUUAUUUUGUCAUAUUAUUAUAUUGCAUAAUAAAAUAAAAGUCACAUGGAUAGUUCUGUAAUUUUAUUUUUUAUUCAGCUAUUUUUUCCCUUAUUAAAGUUAUAAAUGAAUAAUCAGUUAUAAGAUUCUGAGUAUCAGAUUAAUUGUUUAAGAGGACAGUUUGUGAAACCAUGGGUACUUUGUUUACUUAAAUACUUUCUUUCCUCCAUUUUUUAGGUAAUUGGAAGGGAGCAUCUGAUUCAGCUACUUUAUCAGAGGGAAUAAGGCCACACGUGAAUGAACCUCGCAUAGACUGUCGCUCUUAACGUGAGACGAAGUCCACCUGUAUCUUUUCUUCUUCUGGCUUCAAUAAACACUUUAGGUCCAACAGGUCACAUAAAACAGGAUGGGUGAGUCAAGUGAUGAUAUAGACCAAAUGUUCAGCAAUUUGCUGGGAGAGAUGGAUCUCCUAACCCAGGUAAACUCCCCUUCUUAACUUUCAAAUUAGAAAAAAAAUGUAGUUACAGAAUUUAAUUUUAAUAUGAUGAAGGAUCUGAAUGAGCGGUCUUAAAAAAAAAACAACAACUGGAGAUUGACAAUAUUAUGUAUUUGUGAUGUGGCCAUGGUAGAGAAAAAAUAAAGCCUUUUCCUGAUUAUACUCUGAGUUCAGUUAAUUCAAUACACUGGUCCCACAUACAUUCUGUUAUGGCAGCGCUCAUGCUCAUCAUGGUCAAAUAUUGGCCAAUGGAGGAAUUUUCUUUGAGUAUAUCCCCACCACUACCAACACCACCAUCACUGAACAAUUUCCCCUGUGGUUACCCAUAUAAAGACUAGCUAAGAAACUUACAUGAUCUUUAGUAAAGAUUCUUUACCAACCUUUGAAGAACAGCUGUAUUUUAAAGGAGCAAGUGGGAGUUAUUGUGGCUUACUGAUUAGACCAUAAGAAUUUAGUCCCCUCAAAGUACCAUGAAGGCUGCUGACUCAGGGAUCACCCUCAUUGUCAGGCAGACGGGAGCCCAGUGACCGCCAGCCCAAAGACCACUGACCCAGGUUAAUAGCACCUGCUUUACAAAGUCAUGUGAGCUUCAGUGUGUCUUACAGUCUCCUCAGAAAUGCUUCUUUGAUUCAGAAAGUAGAGCUCAUCAAUUUCAGCAUAAAAUGUCAAAAUAAGAAUACCCCAAUAUUCCUAAAAAAGAUAGGGAUUUUUUUAAGUUUUCUAUAAAAUAAAUGGAGAAUAGUCUGUGCUUUGAAAAAUACAUAUUAUAAGAAAAAUAAACCAAGCCUAGUUAACAUCUACUUUAUAGUACCAAUAAAAUUCAAGAACAUCUGGAUUCUGUGAAAGAAGAGACAAAAUAUGAGACAGUAGGCUUAGAUGGAAAGGGCGCUGGUUAAAAGGUGAAUGUUAGAAUGGUAGUCAUGUUUCCAUAGAUGAAAGGACUUUUCCCUUUGCCUCCAUGAGGAGGAAGAUUUGAGUGAACGUUUAUGGUCUUUUCUCUGCCCGUUUAGUGACUUCUCCUGCUGGUGGGAAGGGGUGACAGUUCUGGUUGUUCAGAGUCUGGAAUUUUCAGAGGACCACAAGUUUAGGAGUUGACACUCUUCCUCCCCCUGACCCAGAACCGACCAGAGCUGAAUUUAACUACACUGUGGGUUUUAAAGAUUUAAAUGAGUCCUUAAAUGCUUUGGAGGACAAAGAUUUAGAUGCCCUCAUGGCUGAUCUGGUAGCAGACAUUAGUGAAGCUGAACAGAGGACAAUCCAGGCACAGAAAGCUGCUUCUCAGAAUCAACGUCCUUCAGCAUCUCUCGAGGAAUCAUCCAAUUUCAGUGGUGCAGCCUCUCUGGGUUAUGAAGCAAUUGUUGCUGCAACUAGUAUUAGGUACUAUGAAGAUGAUUUACCACCCCCACCAGCCAAUCCCAUGUUAGACCUUCCUCUUCCACCACCACCUCCUGAGCCUCUCUCUCAGGAAGAAGAAGCAGCCCAAGCCAAGGCUGAUAAAAUUAAGUUGGCACUGGAAAAACUGAAGGAGGCCAAGGUUAAGAAGCUCGUGGUCAAGGUGCACAUGAAUGAUAACAGCACAAAGUCAUUGAUGGUGGAUGAAAGGCAGUUGGCCCGAGAUGUUUUAGACAACCUUUUUGAGAAAACUCAUUGUGACUACCAUGUAGACUGGUGUCUUUAUGAAAUAUACCCUGAACUACAAAUUGAGAGGCUUUUUGAAGACCAUGAAAAUGUUGUUGAAGUCUUAUCAGACUGGACAAGAGACACAGAGAAUAAAUUGCUAUUUUUGGAGAAAGAGGAAAAAUAUGCUGUCUUUAAAAACCCCCAGAAUUUUUACUUGGAUAACAAAGGAAAAAAAGAAGGCAAGGAAACAAAUGAGAAAAUGAAUGCUAAGAACAAGGAAUCCUUACUUGAGGAAAGUUUCUGUGGGACGUCUGUCAUUGUGCCAGAACUUGAAGGAGCUCUUUAUUUGAAAGAAGAUGGAAAGAAAUCCUGGAAAAGGCGUUAUUUUCUUUUAAGGGCUUCUGGGAUUUAUUAUGUACCCAAAGGAAAGAGUAAGACAUCUCGAGAUCUGGCAUGUUUUAUACAGUUUGAAAAUGUCAAUGUUUACUAUGGGAUUCAGUGUAAAAUGAAAUAUAAAGCUCCCACUGACUACUGCUUUGUUCUAAAGCACCCCCAAAUUCAGAAGGAGUCUCAGUAUAUCAAGUAUCUCUGCUGUGAUGAUGCAAGGACUCUAAACCAGUGGAUCACAGGAGUCAGGAUCGCCAAGUAUGGAAAGACUCUUUACGAUAACUAUCAGCGGGCUGUGUCAAGAGCUGGGCUUGCCUCUCGGUGGACAAACCUGGGAACUGUCAACCCAGCUACGCCAGCUCAACUUUCUACAGGAUUUAAACCUGGCACUUCCCAGCCCAAUGGUCAGAUUCCCCAGGCUGCACAUUCUGUUAGUGCUGUUCUCGCUGAGGUCAAGAGACAGGUGGAACCACCCAAGAAUAACGUGCCAGCCCUUGGUAACCAGGACCUCAAAGCGCCCAGAGCCUAUCACCUUCCCAAGUCCAGCCAGCCGCCGCCUCCACCUAUACGACGAUCAUCAGACACCAGCUGCAGUCCGGUGUUACCCUCCAAGCCCAAGAGUACCGCCGGAGUCUUCCCAGCCCCGCCAGACGAUUUUCUGCCGCCCCCGCCGCCGCCGCCCCUGGAAGAGGUCGAUCUCCCGCUCCCGCCUCCGCCUCCGCCCCCGGAUUUUCACGAAGCACCCCCGGACUUUGUGCCUCCCCCACCGCUUGCGACUGCCGGGGUCAUGGGGUCUUUACUGCCUCCUCCCCCGCCCCCACCCACCCUCGCCCCUGAAUCCAGGCAGCUGCCCCACACUGUCGCCAGAAAGCUACCCGUUCCACCAAAGAGGCAAGAGAACCCGGGUCCACCCAGCGGGGGAGAAAGUGGGGAGCAAGAUUUUAUGUCAGAUCUCAUGAAAGCUUUGCAAAAGAAACGAGGCAACAUGUCUUAAGGGAAAUAUUUGUGUGUGAUAGGUAUAAUCAUUUCUAACCUCAGGUGCAUUUUUGCUACUUUCUUUUUGUAACAUCUUGUUCAUUUCAGGUAAACUGUUGAAGUGUUCAGACUAGACAUGAUGUAAAACUUUUCAGUAUUGCCGAAGUACAUUCAUAAUCAUUAACCUAACACAGAAUUUAUGUCUACCUAAAUGUACAUAUCUUUUCUAUGUAUUUUCACUUAAAUGCCAUUUCUCUUCCCUUCCAAGUAAACUAAAAUGUUUUGUGUUCAUUUAUUUUAUUAUGUUCAGGAGCAUCAAGUUAAUAAAAAGUUAAAUGUU